UUAACUAAGCACAUUGUUCCAUUUACCCCCAACCAAACAUACCGCCUUCCUAAUCGGAGAUCGAUCUAAAUCGAUCGGAAAUAAUCUCCGAUCGCCAUUUUCUCUCACUCCGCCGGAUAACCACAUGCGAACCCAAAUGAAGCUCCCUCUUUUUUAUCAAAUCUUAUCAUAUCUUAUUAUCGGCAUUAUAGUGCCAGCUGAUGUAACUCUCGGGAUAAGGUUUCCAAAUCCGAUUUCUCAGGUCAGUGGAGAUCCUCCCGAUGAGCUUCUCAAGACAGCAGUUUUCGCUCUAGGAAGCUUCUGGAGGUCGGAAUCCGUGUUCGGUUGCUUAGAUGGAGUUGUGAGAACCACCGUUGGUUACGCCGGUGGAUCCAAAUCGAAUCCCGAAUACCGAAGCUUAGGUGAUCACGCCGAGUCCGUACAUAUUGAAUAUGAUCCUCGGGUGAUUAAUUUCAGGCAACUUUUGGAGGUCUUCUGGUCUAGCCAUGACUCUAGGCAAGUCUUUGGUCAAGGUCCUGAUGUUGGCAACCAAUACAGGUCUAUUAUUUUUGUUAAUGGAACUGAGGAGUCCAGAUUGGCUGUAGUGAGCAAAGAGAGAGAGCAAACUAAGUCAAGGGGUAGUAUUGUAACUACACAAAUUCAACAACUUGAAAACUUUUAUCCUGCAGAACCUGAACACCAGAAAUUUGAGCUAAAAAGAAACCCAUUCCUUGUUCAAGUGAUUGGAAAUUUGGUGGAAGAAGAAUUGGAGAAAUCAAGAUUGGCGGCAAAGCUAAACGGGUAUGCAGCAGAGUUAUGUCCGCCAAGAAUCCAAACCCGAAUUGAUGGAAAACUAAAUGAAAUUAUCAGAAAAGGGUGGCCCAUUUUAACACAAGUGUAGUACCUAUUAUAAUAAUAUUUUGUAUUUUUUUUUUCAACUACUUGAGUUCAUAUUUUGGAGGGUUUUUUAUAUUCUUGUAUUUCGACAGAAUGUUUUGGAAAGAAUUGAAAUUGGAAGUAACUGUUUAUUCUAAAA